AACAUAGAGAUAUUCCAGGCUGUUCAUGUAGGAUGUGGUUGAUCUAUGGUUCAUGUUCACUAUAUACAUUAGUUCACUUUUUUAUCAUUUAUUGUUUUACGCGUUUGUGUUACUGUUCUGUUUUGAAAAGAGUGUGUCAUGGCGGAUGCAUUUUCUGAAUUAAUGUUAUUUUACAAUUAUUUAGUUUUGAUAAUUUCUACAUUAUAAUUUCAUUCUGUGAAUAUUUGUGAAACUUGUCACUAGCUAGUUGAUUUUCUUUCUUUAAUCUUUCAUUUAUUGGUUGAGUAUCAACAAGGUCAUACGGUUAUGACAAAUGUAGAUUCUGGAUCGUUUUUCGGAAUCAAUAUUUUUUGGAAUUAACCAGUUUAAUAAAAAAUAAUGGCGGAGAGUCAAGUCAAUGUGAAAUAUUACAGUUCAUCAAGUCCACCACCAAAUUGUGCAAUUUGCUUGGGAGCAUUUUCAAAUAAAUGCUUUUCUGAUUCAUGUAUGCACCAGUUUUGCUUUAAGUGUCUCUUGGAGUGGUCAAAAAUCAAACCUGAGUGUCCAUUAUGUAAACAACCUUUCACAAGAAUCAUACAUAAUUUUAAAAGUCAUGAAGAAUAUGAUGAACAUGUUGUUGAGAUAAGACCACCUGAAGAAGUUCACAUUAUAGAUAAUGAAGAAUACCUAUUUCUUCCAAUUGGGCAACCGCCACAAUCUACUAGACAUCAUUUUCAUUUCAGAACCACUUUUACUGUAGAUACUCAUGGAGAACAUGCUAUCCAGCAGAUGUUAUUGACACAUCCACAAAUUUCAGUUAGUACUAGUGGAUAUCCCACUUCAAGAAAUAUAACUCACAGAAGACGUCGUGAGACUGCGACAACAACUAGUUUUCGUAGGUCUAUUUACAUACGAAAUCUAUGGGUAAUUGCACCUCCUGAUGUUACUGGUCGCUAUAGAGAUGUAUCUCCAUCAUUUUAUAGUGAUUGUCCUGGAGCUCGCACAAGACUUGUUCCCUGGUUGAAUAGGGAAUUGAAUGCACUGCUUUAUGAAAACACUCAAUUGGUUAUGAGACUUGUAGAUGUAAUAUUGGAUCAUUUACUUCGUUAUCACAUUUGUAGCAGAACAUUCCGUAAUUUACUUUAUGAAUACUUGGAUAAUAAAACUGAUCAUUUUAUACAUGAAUUUUACAAUUUUAUGAGGUCCCCAUUUGAUAUGAUUGGUUAUGACCGACAAGUGAUAUAUACUGAAAGACCACCAACUCCAUAUAUAAUAACACCUCAGGAGGAGAUUUCUGACAGUGGACAUGAUAGUGAUGUAAUUAUAGUGGGUAGCUCAAAUCCACAGGAACCAGUUAUAAUUGAUCUUGUGAAUACAGAUUCUGAUGAACCAAUUUUAAUUUCUCAAGAAGAUCCUCCUCCACCAGAACUUAUACAUAUACCAGAUAACAGCCCUGAGCCACCAUCGAGGGAAAGAGAGUGCAGGACUCCAGUAUUACCUCCCAAAUUACGCCUCAAACACAAGAGAAGAUCAAGGGAAGAAGCAAGAGAAAAAAGGUAUAGAAAAAGGCCUCGCAGAGUUCGGUCUAGAUCUACCAGUUCAUCGAGUUCCAGUGAUAGUUCCUGGAAAGCUAGUGAAAGAUAUAGACGGAAGAAAAAGGUGACGAAACUAAAAAAGCGACUUCCCUCAAGUUCUGAAAGUGAGAAAGAAAGAAAUUAUACUUCCGAUUCUGAUAUUCCUCUUGCUGAUCUAAUAAACGGAAAAAGAAGUAAAAGAAAAUCUUGUGGCCCUAAAACAUUUCCGAAAAGUAGUCCAAUUGCAACCAAAGAAUUUGAAGACAUAAAUAGCAGUAGCGAAAAUAAAGAUUUACCAAGUUGUUCGAAAUACUCGGAAGCUGUAGACCUUAGAACUAAUCCAAGACGAGAAUCUCCAUCGGAUUUAGAUGUUCCAACAUGUUCAAGAUUUACAAGACCAAGUCGUAAUUGUAUUAUGUAUAAAACUCGUUUAGAUGAUUCUAGUGACGACGAAUAUAUAUGUAAACCCCAAGUAAAAAGUGAAAUAAAGCCAAUAAAAAGGGAGCCAAAUGUAACAACCUCUAAGAAUAGUGAACUUAUAAAAAACAUCAAGAUAAAAAAAGAAAACUGGAGUAAUUCAUGCUUAUACGAAUGCAACUAUGAUUCAUCUGAUAAUGAAAAUAUUUCAAAUUCUAAGUCUGUAAUUUAAGAUAAUGUAAUAAAUUGUGUCAAUGCCUU